UUUUGAAGAAUUUCAAGAAAAAUCGCGAGGAACUCGCCAAUCGACUUCUAGCUUACUUCAAUGAAGUUGUAUUUGACAAAAAGCUACCCGAGGAACUUGAAGUAAGGUGGAAUGAAAGGCUGCUCAAAACGGCUGGCCAAUGCGUCUACAUGAGGCGAAAUAUUAAGCACCCAGAUGGGUCAUCAACCACGACACGACACGUUCGGAUUGAGCUCUCGGGAAAAGUUUGCACUUCUGCCGAACGUGUGCGCGAUACCCUGUUGCAUGAGGCCUGUCAUGCCGCCGUCUGGGUAGUGCAUGGAGUCAAUGACGGCCACGGUCGGCUGUGGCGGGAGUUUGUGAGGAAGGCCAACGCCGCCUUUCCACUCCUUCCGCCUGUCACUGUGCGCCACACUUACGCCAUCGACACCCGCUUCACCUAUCGAUGCACUGGGUGUUUUGCAACCAUCAACAGACAUUCAAAAUCACUCAAUCUCGAGAAAAAGGUGUGGUAUGCUGUCGGUUUAUGUCAUAAUUUGCGUUGCACAACCACUUGUAAUGCUCACCCCGAAUUGUGUGAUUUGAAAUUUUCAGGUGUGUGGUCGGUGUCACUCCCGGUCGAUCAUGGCGAAGACUCGACAACCCGUCCACGACCUCCUUUUGCCGACUUCGUCAAGGAACACUACAAGCAUGUUCGCCAGCAGACCCCUAAUCACAAGGAAACUAUGGCCCAACUGGGCAGUAUGUUUCGUAGUAUGAAAAUAGGCGUAAAUAACGACAAUGUAAACUAG